AUGACCUUGGCAUUUGACCCAAUUUCGGCGCAUGAAAUCAAGCUUUCCUCAAGCUUGACAAAGAAAUCUGUUAGCGAUCCUGUUAGAUUCCGAACCAUUGAUGUUUUGGAACCGCUGAAAGACGAAAUGAUUCCAUUUUUGGAAGCCCAGCUAAAGGGAUUAAAAACCCCUACGCGGCCUGAUAGAAGGAUUAAAGUCUAUUAUUACAUUGUCAAGAGACAAUCAUUUUUUAAGGCAAUAGUAAACUUAGAUACCAACACUGUUGAAUCCACCUUAAAGAUACCCAAAGGUAUUCAGUUAGGUAUUGAUAUGGAUGAAGCAGUUGAAAUUGAAGACGCUUGUAAUUCACACCCAUUGGUUUUGGCUGAACUUGAGAGAUUGAACUUACCAAAAAAUGCGCGGAUCUAUAACGAUCCAUGGAAUUAUGGAACAGAUAAUCGUGACGAAACCAUGCGUUUGUUUCAAUGCUACAUGUAUAUUGGUUUCUCAGACGAUCCAGAAUGUAAUCAUUAUGCCAAUCCUUUACCAAUAUCUCCAGUGUUCGAUUGA